AUGGCUUCACAGCUCAGAGAAACCUUUCAAGCUGAGUCACCAGUUAAUGAGAUUGAACUAGACAAUCUAGAGAUUAUUCAAAACCAGGUUUCUCCUGUGCAGUGGGAAGAAGACAUGUCUAACUCCCCAAAUACUCAUCCUAAAUUUCCCCCAAAUAACAGUGGCUCCUGUGCAAAGCAGGAGCUUCAAACUCUGUGGGAGAUGUUCACUGCCUGGUUGCAUCCAGAAAAGCAGAGCAAGGAGCAGAUGAUUUCUCAAUUGGUCGUGGAGCAAUUUCUCAAAUUAGUGUGCUGCAAGGACACGUUUGCCUUGAAAGAGAAGUGGGAAUUAAGUGGCAGAAACAUGGGGAGAUUCAUGGAGGAUAUGAAUGAUGAGUGCUUGAAGCCUCCUGUCAUGGUUCAUGUCUCCAUGCAGGGACAGGAAGCCCUCUUUCCUGAGAACAUGUCCUUAAAAGAAGUCAUCAAGCUUUUGAAAGAACAGCAAUCACUAAGAACUGCAAAACAGCAGAAUAUAAAGACACCCUUGCAGUUCCCACAAGACAAUUUAUUGGCAACAGGUCAUGAAAACAGUGAAGAUGGCCAAAACACAUUCUUGAAAGGUCAUGAAACAAAUAGUGUUUUUAGUAGUCCUGAAAAUGGGAUGGACUCCCAACUCAUUAUUCAGACUGGGAAGUAUCCUCAGCCUGAAGAGGCAGGUGUUUCUUAUGAAGCUCCUCUGGAUCUCAGCAGAGCAAGUCAAGGUACCUCCAUGUACCAGGCAGAGCCCCUGAGGGCACCUUCUUAUGAACAUAUCACUAUGGUUGUGCAACCAGUGUAUCUCUCCUGCACAUACAAGUCUGAAGACACUGAAGAUGGCCACGACAUUAUCUUGACCACAGCUGAUGUAAAUAGUGGUAUUAGCAAUCUCACAAAUCAGAGAGAUUCCCUUCUCAUAAUCCAGAGAGAACAGUAUCCUGAGCCUGAACAGAGAGGUGUUUCUUCCGGAGUACUCGGGGAUUCUGCAAGAGCGAUUUGGGACACAUCCAGGUCCCAGGCAAUGUCCCUAACAACCCAUUCUUCUGGACAUAUAUCUAGUGAGAUACCAGGGUACCUCUCUAGGUCAGAGCAGCCCACCUCUGAACCUGUUCCUCUUUUGAAGUGGCAUAAGGGAAAUUUUGUAUGUGAAGGUCAUCAAGAAAGACUCCAGAGUGAUUUCAAACCAUACAAAUGUGAGGAAUGUCCCAGCACCUUCAGAUAUCCCUGUAACCUCUCAGUCCACCAGAAAAGUCACAGGGUGGAGAAGAAGUCAUUUUUCUCUACCCAUGGUCAGACAGGUUUCGGUCAAAGCACAGACCUCCGUUUUCCUGAGGCCAUACCCAAACCAGAGAAGCCUGUCACAUGCAGCACAUGUGGAAAGUCUUUCAAACAUAAGACCCAUCUACCGAAUCAUGAGAGGAUUCAUACAGGAGAGAAGCCCUAUACCUGCUCCCUGUGUAACAGUCGGUUCCGUCAGUCAUCUACCUACAACCAUCACCUGAGGAAUUACCACAAAUGA